UUUCUCCCCAAAUUACAAGGUACCUCCGUCCUUCCCCGAAUAACAACCAGAAUCCGAAUUUCGACAUUAUUCUCCUUUUCUCUCUCACACAGUUACGCCAUAGCCAUCACCACCUCUACAAUAAUUUGCUUCCUUCAUAAUCUUCACCCUCUCAACUAACCUUUAACUUUCCUCACCCCAAUCCCCCCCACCCCCACCCCACAAAAAAAGAAGAGAAAAUCAAUUGAUUUUUUUCCUUAGUUCUCUUCAAGAAGAUCCAAAAUCUCAUAAUUCUUGAAAUAUCAAGUCAAAGUUUCAAUUUUUCAUAUUUAACACCUUAAUGGGUGUCAUUUGAAAUCAAGAAAUUAUCAUGUUGGGUGCUGUCCAAUUGGGAUUAUUUGCAGCAGGUGUUGUACUCUUUGUCCCUAUGGGUAUGGCUGGUUGGCACUUAAGCCGUAACAAGAUGCUAUUUUUCAGCUGUGCUCUUUUCAUUACCCUUGCUGUUGGUGUUCAUUUGGUACCUUACUUCCCUUCUGUUACUUCUUUCCUUAGCUCUAAUAAACCAAGUUCAGUAGUACCUUUAGAAUUUACUGUAAAAAAGGAUUCUUGUUUGUCUUUACUUCAUCAAGUGUCAUUUGAUUUUCAAGAAUUGAGUAUAAAUGUGACUAACAGUGUUGAAAAUAAGGGUAGUGGUAGAAAAUUUGGUUCUUGGAAAUGGGUUGAGUCUGAAAUUGUUAAUGAAUGUGAUUUUCAAGAAUUGAGUAAGGCCGACGCUUCGGAUUUAUUAAACGGGUCGUGGGUUGUUGUAGCGGGGGAUUCACAGGCAAGGUUAAUGGUGAUUUCUUUAUUGGAGUUGAUAUUAGGGAGAAAUGAGAUGGAGGUGAUAAGAGGGGAUUUGUUUAAGAGGCAUAGUGAUUAUAACAUUUUUGUUGAUGAGAUUGGAUUGAAGUUGGACUUUAUGUGGUCGCCUUACGUGAGUAAUUUGACUGAUUUGAUGCUCGGGUUUAAAGAAAAAAGGGGUUAUCCCGAUGUAUUUGUGAUGGGGGCAGGGUUAUGGGAUAUGUUACAUGUAAAUAAU